AUGGCGGCUCUACCAACCGACCGUUGUACCCUGUCGUUUCCUUUCCAUAUCUCAGGUGUUGACUUUGCUGGUCCCUUUGAACUCAAAAGUUCUACAUUACGGAAAUCAUCUAUUAUAAAAGGCUAUGCAUGCGUAUUUGUAUGCUUUGCAACGAAAGCGGUUCACUUAGAACCCUGCUCAAGUCUUUCAGCCCCCGCCUUUCAGGCCACAUUUGCACGAUUUAUUGGCCGUCGUGGUCUUCCACAUAAACUAGUCUCUGAUAAUGGUCGAAAUUUCGUGGGUGCAAAUAGAGCAUUACGUAGAGAAUUUAAUAACUUCAUAAGAUCAGUUUCGCAAGACAUUGCCCAAAAAUACAUCACUCACGGCUUCGAGUGGUCUUUUAUUCCGCCACAGGCUACCCACAUGGGAGGCCUCUGGGAAGCGGCGGUCAAAAGCUUCAAAUACCAUCUAAAAAGAGUUGCUGGAGCUCAUCGGUUUACCUUCGAAGAAUUCGCAACCGUAUUAGCUCGUAUCGAAAUUCUAGACCCAUAUCCGCUCUGUCAGAAGAUCCAACAGACUUAA